AUGGGUUUCAGAUUCAGCAGGGAUGAAGAAAUGAAAUUGCUACCACCAGCUAUCAACUUUGAUGCUCUUAAAGCUUAUGUAAUGAGCGCUAUGGAAAGUGCUACACGACACGCUGUGAUGAAUUGUCGGGAUUUGAUCGGCGGUGAUAAUAGAAAUCAUUUCGAGCCUCUCAUGAAACUGUUCGAUUCAUUGCUAGUCAUUGGUGUGUUUGAUGAUACAGAACUUGAAGCCCUACUGCAGAUGAUCCAUCCGGCAGCGUUUGAUCCCACUUAUGAGCCUGGCACUACCAAGAAGGGUCUCACUGAAAUCGAACUCGAAGAGCAUGUGAAAAUCCAACUCGUUAACAUCCUCGAUCACUUAUGUGAUACACAGCUGCGUCAUCGUAUUGAGUCGCUGGUUGGGUUCACAGAUGGUUUUGUCGGCGAUCUACAACAAGACCAGUGUAAACGGUACAUGGAUAUCAAACAGACGGAUAUGCCACCUGCUGAAGCUGCGAAGAAGACAAAAGAAUUCCGGUGCCCACCAAAAGAGCAGAUGUUCAGACUACUCAAGUGCAAAGUGGAAAAAGAGGAGAAGGAGGUAUUGUUCGAGGAUGAGGUUGAGUAUGAUCAAUGUCCUAUGGCUGAGAACCUACAGGAACAGCUGAGGUGA